AUGGGGCCCCCUACUGACCCCGGGCCCUCGGGCAGUGCCGACUGCUCGAAUGGUCAGCCGCCCCUGGUAACUAUACUGCUACAAUACAUUGCCCCUGGUUACAGAAGACAGGUCAUCCACUGACGAUAAAAAGUUAUUAUGCAGCUCAAUGGGACAUGUACUGAUGAUCAGUGUGCUGAUGAUCAGUGUGGCCCCAGAAGUGCCACCUGUCAGAGUCCAUCGGUGCCAGCUGAACAGUGCCACAUGCCAGUGCCCAUCAGUGCCACAUAUCAGUGUAUACCAGUGCACAUCAAUGCCACAAAUCAGUGCCCAUCUAAGCUGCCCUUCAGUGUCACCCAUCAAGUCAGUGCCACCCAUCAAUGCCAAUCAGCCACCUAUCAGUGCUGUCAGUCAGUGCCACCUAAGUGCUGUCAGUCAGUGCCACCUAACAGUGCCAGUCAGUGCCGCCUAACAGUGCCAUAUAUCAGUGCUGCCUUUCAGUGCCCAUCAGUGAUGCCUGUCAAUGCCCAUCAGUGCCACCUACCAGUGCCUCCUCAUCAGUGCCCAUCAGUGCCACCUAUCAGUGUCCAUCAGUGCAUCUUAUCAGUGCCCAUCACUACAGCCUCAUUAGCGCUCAACAGUGAAGGAGAAAAAUCACUUAUUUACAAAAUUUUAUAACAAAAACUAAGAAAAAACUUUGUUUUUUUAAUUUCCAGUGGUUUUUGGUUUGUUUAAGAAAAAAUAA